AUCCUACCUUCCUACCAUUUAUAUUUUAAUAUGAGGGGGUCGGGGAGUGGGAAGUUACUGCCAAAACAAUAUCAGAAUUAGAAAUAUCAAAAUCCUUAUAUAUUAUAAUGGGAGGAAAAUUGUAAACUGUGCAGUUUUGGCAAAAACACAAUAUAUCAGCAAAUUGAAACUAAUACGUAUCCUAAACAAAUCACAACAGAACCUCUGUUUCUAUUAACAAUCUGUUUGAUAUACUAAAGAAUCUAGUAGAUGUACCCUGCUCUCUAUUAAGUCAAGCUUUAUGAAAUUUGGAGAUUAAUAUAACAGCUUUAAAAUUAGGCUGAUGUCAGAUAAAAGAUAAGCAAGCAGAUAAUGUGCACUGAUCCAAGAAAUUAAAUAAGUAUAUAAGAUGAAUCCCAGGUACUCAAAAACCAUUUUGCUAUUAGUCCUAAUUAUUAUCUUGUAUAAGGCAUUUAAGUCAUACAUUUUCCCUGGAAGAAGUUUAAGUGAUGAAGUAAUAGUCAGAGAUCAAGAUGAAAAUGAAGUUGAAAAAGUAAAAGUUUCUGUAUAUUAUGAAGCUCUCUGUCCAGAUUCAAAGCAUUUUAUAAAUCAUCAAGUAGUGCCUGUGUUUGAUGCAUUAAAUGACAAUAUUUUGUUGGAUUUAGUACCUUACGGGAAGGCACAGACAACAAUAUCCGACGCUGGCGUAAUUGAAUUUACAUGUCAACAUGGCUCUGAAGAAUGUUUUGCCAAUAAAAUACAUGCUUGCGUGAUUGAUUUAGUGAAGGAUCCGAAAAUGCAGUUGAAAUAUAUUUCAUGUAUGAUUACUGACAAUUUCGUUGCAGAAGAUGCAGGAGAAAGAUGUGGAAAAGAACAAAAAUUAGACUUUACUCCGAUUAGGAAGUGCGCAACUGAACAAGCGGGAUCUAUACUUCUUAAAAAGUACGGUGAAAGAACACAUGCUCUUAAUCCUAAGGCCCGAUUUAUUCCUACUAUACUGAUGAACGAUAGUCAAAAUUAUGAUACACAGGCGAUCAUUUUAAAAGAUCUUCUUAAAGCAGUUUGUAAAGUAUUUCAUAAUAAACCAAAGGAAUGCGUGAAUUAGUCAAUACACAAAAUUACGUCUAUCAAAAUAUGAAGUUUGUACCACAAAAGAAAUGUGUAUUAUCGUUAGUGUAUCUGAUUUUACUCAUACCAUCAGGUCAGUCAUAUAAAUAUCACUAGUAGCAUAGAUUAAGAUGUAUGACAAACACAAAAAUUUUUGUUCCUAAUAAUUUCAGCUGUGUUGUUCAAAAGUGUUUUUUUUUUCACAUGCAUGUGUCUGCAUGUGCGACAGCGUUUUUAAUUUAAAAGUUUAAUAUUUAGAGUAUAAAAUAUCAAAAAAAAUUAAGUUAUUAGAUAUACAGAGUGUAUGGAUUUUUUUUUAUAUAUGAACGUGGUUCCGAAAAGCAUAGUUUUGAAAAUACAGGUGACAAGUUUCUUUAAAAUAUGGGUUUUCAAAUUAUUCUUGAAAUUGUAUAGUGUUGUUUGUUGUUAUAAGAGGCUAAUUUGGGAUUAAUUAAAUCAAAAUUAUGAAAUGCAGUGAUAUCCCGGGAGGCAGCAUAUUGAAUAUUUUUGCCAAAAAAGAUGCGGCACUGACUAUUUUACCAAUUUUGACUUUUUGUUGAAUUAAGCUACUAAAAAUGUGACUUUUUGGUCUUUAAAAUUUUUUUCGUAUACUGGCUCGUUUUCGAGAAAAAAGCAACAAUUUAUUACUUGUCGGUAAUUAGCAACAAAUUCUACGUACAUAGUUGGCGUUAGGUAUACCUUAGUAGCUUCAUAGUAUCAGAAUUUUUGUUGACAUUGUACUUUAAUGUACAAUGUCAAGUACCUCAUACUUGGGUGUCAAGAUCGGUGCAGUUUCGGUCUAGAAUAAAUAUAAAAAUGACAGAGGGUUUCAAUACAAUGUGUAAUUUAAAUCAAAGUGCUUAAUUUUCUGGAUGUUAUUAUUUUGUUAUGGUACCAGACAUGAUCAAGUUGUUUUCAAUUCAUCUCAAUAAAUCUCUUUAAACAUUUCUCAUUGACCUACUAACUCAAUAGAAAAUUCCUUGUUUAUUCUGUAUUUCAUGGCGACAGUCUAUGACUCGCUGUUCUAAUUGGUGCACGUUGUCAACAGAAACCAAAUAAACCAAUUGCUUUAAAUAACCCUAAAGGAAAUAGUCCAAUGGGUGUAAAACAGGUUGCCACGAAAUGUGCAAUGGAUAAGUUGUAUUUUCCUAAUCACGAACUAUUACACUUAAAUGAAGUGGUGCACCAUCAUCCAUAAAAAACAUUUCUGCUCUUAAACUGAUGGGUUUAGCAUGAAUGUUGAGGCAUCUUUAAAAUUCAAAUGCACUAAAACGCUCAAUGAUUAAAAUAAUAUUAUUUGAUACGACUUUUACUAUAUAAAUACGAAAAACCUGCUGUGAUACGAAACAAUGCAAUGCAAGAGACGAAAAGCUUACAUUUUUAGUUGGUUGAUAAUAAAAAUAUUAAAAUAGGUAAAAAACUCAGUGAGGCACAUUUUUUUGUCAAAAAUAUCCGAUAGGCUGCCUGCCGGAAUCCCAGUGCACUUUAUAAUUUUAAUUUAAUUAAUCCCAAACUAGCCUGUUAUCACAACAAGCCAUACUAUCCAAUUUUAACAAAAUCAGUCAAUAGUUAUUUAUUUAUUAAAAAGUCAUUCGUUUUUAAAGUUUUGCACCCUGUAUUUUGAAAACUAUGCAUUUCCGGACCUAUGUUCAUAUACAAUUUUUUAUUUUUUUAAUGUGGAAUCUCGAAAUUCCGUAAAUUAUUGGAAAGUUAUUACUGUCUAAGCCAAUGAGGAGGAUGCAGAAUUCUGUAUAUAGUAUGCGAUAAUGUUUCGGUUCAUGAACAAUAUCACUGCUAUUGAUCAGCUACGUAUAGAAGCUUGCGUUUUUGAAUGGCUUUUCUUCAAUUUUUUAAGCAUCAUAGAAAAACAUGUUUACUUUGUUAUAUUAUAAUCGUUGGAAUCUAAAAUUAUUACUACUUGUUUUAAAGUUUUCAAAAAAAAAAAACAAUAUAAAUUCCACAUUUGACAACUUUAAAUAUUCAUAUUAAUUUUGGAUGUUUUUAUAGCUCCAUACGUCUUUCUUGAGGUUAAGAAUACGUAUUGACAAAGUCGACUUAAUAAAUAUAGAUUUAAUUUUAUAAUUAUAUUAACAAGAAAAGUAAGAAAGAAUCUUAAAAAUACCUUUCCAUUUGUGACCUCUCUCGGUUGAGUGACUGCUAAACCUAAAUUAAUACUUUAUUUAUGGUUUUGCCAGCAUCAGUUCCGGUCAAUGGUUGUUGCUGAUUACCGAGUUAAAAAAUACAUUAGAGCUGUCAUAAGUUUGAAUAUUUAUAGUCUAGCUCAGAAAGUUAGUACAAGAAAUAAUAUAUAACUCGUCUUCCAUUGUUUACUUCUUUAAAAAAAAUAAUUUGCUGCGUUUGCAUUUUAAAUUUCUGUAUUGUAAACAAUUUUAUUACAUUUUUUAUGUUCUACACUAUACUAUGGCCUCGAAUUAUGGUACAUUAUAUAAAGAAAGCUCUAAUGGCUUACACAUUUACUUAAACCCCAAUGUUACCCUGUAAGUAGAAUUUAUUGUAAAUGUAAGUACUGAUUAUUUUCUAAUGUUUAUAUAUUUUUUGAAUGUUUAAUAAUUAUAGGUGUUAUCUUACUUUUAAACAAAAUUGUAUAAAUAUCUGUUAGGGUUUUAACAACGAAUUAAAUUUAAUAACUUUGAUUGACGGAACCUGUUUUUUUAAGUUUUGUAUACAAGUAGAUAGCUGCAUUUUAUUCAACAAUUGGUUAGGAUGGAAUGACUUAUUGAUAUAAGUAUUAACUUUUUCUUGCUGUUAUUUUUAUUGAAAGGAUUGUAGGCUCUUCAAAGGGGCAGUUUACAGGCACACGAUAGUGCACUAUGCAUAUGAUUUUUAGCUGCGAACAUUCGCAUUUAUGAAUUUUCGAUCAGCUAUUUGCUCAUUAAGUCCCGUUACAUGGAAUUAGAUUAAUAUUAUUUUUUGCAUAUUGCCAGAAAAUGUUCAUGUUGCUUUGUUUUGAGUUAUUGUACCUUCUUUAUCACAAAUGUUUUAUGACAACCAAAUAAAGAAUAACCUUAGUGUUAUCACACCUAUUAUAUAAUAAAAAAAAUAGCUGAUUGGAAAGCAGGCAGUCAAUGCUAUGUAAACUGUCCUUUAAAAGUCAUAGUAAAUUGCGUUAAAAAUCGAUAAUUUCUCUAUGAAUUUCACAUGGCGUUACUUAAUCCCUUCAGUAAGGUCUGCAUCCCUAUACUAUUCAUGACAAUGUUAAAAUUAAGAGUUACACUACCUAGGAUUUGAUUCGAGACUGAGUUAAAAAUAACUUUUAGAGGAACUUGCAAUGGCCGUUGUUUACUAGGUGAGCAUUUUAGAACAAUUUUUUUUAGGAUAUAUAUUUAUUUGAUCUCUAAUUUUGACAAAUAAUUUAAUAUAAUUUUUAAACUACUUUUUAUUGUCCUCUAUGCAGUUCUUUUUAUUUAUUGCUCUUUAUUUAUCUUUGUUAAUCGUAAAUUAUUUUGCCAUGACGUCUAUGAACAACCUAUUUUAAAUCAAUUAAUGUAUAUAUGUAAUUAAAAAUCUUAUAUCAACAGUAUUUAUUAAUUAUAUUUAAGAUUUUAUGUGAUUGACAGUUUGUUGGGGCUGGAAUUAAUAUAUAAAUCAGUAAUAUAUCCAUACAUUAUUAAA